AUGACAGCCCAGUCCAAGGUUGGGCCCUGCCAUGAUGCCGCCUCAACAACCACAACAUCGAUAGCCGGCCUAUCCCUUGCAGCACACAACCACUUGAAACACCAUUACCAUCCAACAACACCGUCGACCACCGUCACCGUCAACCAUCUCUGGUUGACCCGAUCCAACUCCCUACCUCUGGCGGACAACACAUCCACUCAGCAGGACAACAAACCUGAGAACAAGUUUGAUCACAAGAGAGACUCCAAGUUACCCGAAGAGGUAAAGAAGUCUUCUCAAGCAACCGAAGAGAGCUCCAAGGAGCAAAGCAACGAACAACCAGAACAACAAGCCUCCGACGAAAUGGCCAAGGGCGACUCCUACAUGCUCCGCAAGAGCACCACCUUCGGCACGGAGGGCUCCUACUACCCCUCCGACCACUCCACAUCAAGCAGCUCCCGCCGCAACAGCCCCAACUACAAACAACCCAAAGUCAUCGUCCACAAGCCCUCGGGCCCCAAUACCGACGACGAACCUUCGACGCGGGACACUCCCUACGGCGGGGUCUACAAAUAA